AUGUUACCAAUUUAUCUUUUACUUUUCUUAGCAGCAGUCAAGACGAAAACAAUUCGAUUGCCAUUAAUUCCCCCUUACAAAGAAAACUACAUUUAUGAAUUUCCUUAUAAUGAUACGAAUUGUUCUUUUUCGAUUUCGAAUUCUUCCCUUGCAUCGAUAGUCGACAAUUAUCAAAAUGAAACACAUUCGAUAUGUGUUAUCAAUGUUACUGCUGUAAUAAAUUCUUCUGAUUUUUGCAUCCUUACCGUUCAUAACUCAUCUAACCUUGAUGACAAUAUUAAAAUCAAGUUUACGACAAUAAAUUACGUUCACUCCCACAUUUCAUCCCCAUAUUUAUAUCUUAACCAAUCAAUUGAGUUUUUACAAAUUUAUACAAGCGAUUCCAAGAAAAAACCUCAUGCUUUUAUUCCAUUUGAAUGGAUUAGUAUCAUUUCUGAAAACAAGUCGAUAACUUUAUCCAAAGAUUACUACAAAAACAUUACUCUUCCACAAAAUUCAUAUUUCAUUACAACAAAUUCGAUCGGCAAGAUAUAUUUCAACAUCAAAGUUCUAGAUGUACUCUCAAAGAACAUCAAAAUUACAGUUUAUCAGUCAAUGUUUCUUAAUUCAACAAAAGUAUAUUUGGUCACUAAUACUCCUUCAUCAAUUUCGAUUUGCAGCUCAAAUUUGUCUAAUAAAACAUGUAUAUCCAAAGUUGAUCCUUCUUAUUUCAAAAUAGAAGUCACAAAUAAAUCUGUGGUCGAAUAUUCAAUCAAAAAUUCAGAAAUUAAGCUGAAACCAAAAGAAAUAGGCAGUUCUACAAUGAAAAUCACAUUCUCAAGCUUAUCUCAUAAUUAUUUGACAUCCGAAAUUUUUGUCACUUUUCCUGAAUAUUCAAUUGCAGAAAAACAACAUGUUUUAGUAGGAACAAACCCUGAUUUUGAAUUAUUUGAUGUUUACGAUAAAUUUGACAAUAAAAUCCAGCAUCCUUACGGUAGAAUCUCGAUAUUUAAUUAUACAAAUGUAAUUGACGGUUUUACAGAAAUUCAAGGAAAUAUUUUUGAAAAUAUCAGUGUCACUUUUCCUGUUUUCUUUGUUAAAAAGAUAUCUAUAUAUCCAGAGCAAUGUUUACUUCCUAUUUCGCAUUCAGGAUUCUCUUUCAACAUCACAAAUGGUUCUGGAAAUUUCACUUUUUCAGUUGAAAAUGAAAAAAUUGCAAAAGUUGAUGAAAAUGGUUUUAUUACAGCAAUAAAUUUAGGAGACACAAAUUUAGUUGUAGAAGAUAAUCUAGUCAAUGGCCUCAAAGCAACAGCAAUGAUAUCAGUUGAAGACAUUUUGAGCGCGAGGUUUAACAUGACUCGUUUCGAGAUGGAAGUUGGAGAGAAAAUAAACAUAACUUUCUUCGCGUUGAGUAUGUCCGGAAAAGUUUUUAGCUACUUCAAACCAGAUUCAAUCAGAUCUUUGAAUGAAUCUGUCAUUGAUUCUAACUACGAAUGCAUUUCUCCUGGAUUUGCAAGAAUACAAAUGCAAUGCGGAGAAUCAAAUGCAACAGAACUUUUCUCUGUAAUUAAACCACUUAAAAGCAUCCAAAAAAUCAAAGGUUUCUGUGAUACUCCUUUUGAUUUGGAGAUAAUUGAUGGCCCACAACACUGGGAAGAUGCAGAACCUCCAAACUAUUUCAUAAAUUGUGGAAAUGAAAGCAUAAGAAUAUAUAAUCAUUCUAUUUCUUUUAAUGAAACAUUUAAUGGUACAUGCAAACUCAUUGUUUACAAUGAUCCAACGGAAAAUAAUCCAAUUCCUUUAAAUUAUUCCACAGAAAUUGAUGUUGAUGUAAUUAAAGUUUCUCGUAUUGCUAUAGUUGUGACAGAUGAAAACCAGAAAUAUGCUCCUUCUUGUUCACUCAUUCGAUCAGCAAAUACAAGUGAUCCUUGGGGAUUUUUGCGUUAUUGGAGAGUUUACGUACCAUAUUUCAGGAUUCCUUCACUUGCAAUAUACUAUUUCGAUGAAAAACUCAAUGUAGUUUAUAUCGAUAAUAAAACGGUUAUUAGCGGUUUCUUGUCAAGUGGCAAAAAAGUUUCUACACCAUUAACUAAAACACUAAAUGAAAGUGUUACAUUUAAGUACAAGAAAUUUAAUUUGUCAGCAUCAAUUAUUGUCAAACCGCUCUUUAAUAUCACAUCAUCGAAAGAACUAGUUCUUAUGGAGAAUUGUGAAUUUCCAAAUGAAGAAAUUAAAGGAGGGACUGGCAAAUUUAACUUGACAAGAAUUUCUGACAAUUUAGUUUUAGUCCAAGAUUAUUGUAUCUCUGAGUUUAGAACAGAGAUCAAAGUAGUUUAUUCACAACCAUAUAAAUUGGUAAUUUUAGGUCCUGAUACUUGCCAAAUUGGAUCUAAAAUUGACAUGGUCAUUAAAUUAUAUGAUGAAUUAGGAAGAGAAUUCCAUCAUUCUGUUUUGUCAUGUAUUAAUAUAACUGUUGACAAUCAAAUGGUUGUUAAUGGAGUUUACCAAUAUUUCGCUGAGACAGAAGGAAAACAUUUCAUCACUGCGAAAUGCAGAGAUAUUUCUUUUGUUAAAGAAAUAACCGUUUUUGAAAAAUUGACACUUGCUUCUCCAUCAGAAAUUGUCACUUUCCCAGGAAGAUUUAUAUCAAUAAAGUUCAGUAAAGGACCAGUAGAAUUGGUUAAAUACAAAUCUAUGAAUAAUGAUAUUAUGACAAAUGAUUUAUAUACUGUUAACAGUGGUUCAACAACUAUUAGAUGUUACAUUGAAGGAAAUGAAAUUGAUUUCAUCGAUGUCAAUGUGUUAGUCACAAAAAUAACAGAUUUGAUGAUUAUGCCUUCAACUGAUACUUUCAUUGUAGGAAAUAUGGCUGUUUUCAGCGUUUUUGCUGUCACAGAAAAAGGAAAUAUUUCUAUUUCAGAUGGAAAAUGGAAAGGAGAUUUCUCUUUCAAAGUUAUCGGAGGAAGAGUUUACACGAAGUUUUCUGAGGAAGGACGGUUUACAAUUAAUGUCAGAUUUUUAGAUUUCUUCACCUCACUUUCUUUCAUCGUCGAUCAGAAGUUAGAAACCGAAAAAUACGUGAGUAUUCCUAUCGGAACAUCCCAUUACGUGAAAUCUAAUGGUUAUUGUUUCCCUCAAUACUUCAAAGCAACAGAAGUUGGCACUUUUUAUUCCGAAUGUCAGAGAGGAAGUCAAACUGAAAAUGUCACAAUCUCAGUUACAUAUCCAAGUGACAUUUUCAUUGAGCAAGAAAGUAAUUUGAUAUUUAUCAAGUUGAUACAUAAUUUUGGCACUUUUUAUGAUGAUUAUAAUGACACUUUUACUAACUUUAAUGAUAGUGUCACGAAGAUUGAUGACGGAUAUGAGAUGAAGAGUAAUAAUACUAAUGUUGUUGUUUACAAUGAUUAUUUUAGGUUAGAGACAGUGAUUUCAGUUUACAAAUCAUUUAUUGAUGUUCCAGAUUAUUUGUUAGUUGGAGGAAAGAGAGAAAUAUAUUGUUCGAACUUAGUUGAAUGGAAAUCUUCCAAUACAAGUGUUUUAAGUAUUUCAAACAUGGGAAUUAUAAAGGCAAAAAGAGUUGGAGAAUCUUUGGUCCAAUGCUCCAAACACAAUAAAGCAAAAACACGUGUUACAAAACUGUUGUUCGCAGAAAUAUAUCCUAAUGGUGAUGAUUUAGAAGUUAGACCUGUUUUUGAGUAUGGAAAGCGAAAAGAAAUGUUAAGUGUUUUUGAUUCAUUAGAUUGCAAAUGCAAUAAUGAUAGACAUUGCUUAUUUGUAAUGGAUAGAUAUGUAUGCCAAGGUAAUGAAGAUUUGAACAUUUCUUUGUCUUUAUCAAAAAAGAAUUUCAAACAUAACUCGAAUGUUCCUUUGAUGUGGCAUUAG